AAGAAAUUUCGUCAACGUUCACACCCAAUGCCUUAUCCAGACCCAUGGUGCGUACCUUACAUAGAGCGUGCGGGUUUCGGUCAUGUAAUGCAUGUCGUAAAUGCCACCAUUGAUGCCAAAUUCAUUUUGGCUCUGUGUGAACGUUGGAGACCUGAGACACACACCUUUCACCUACCAACUGGUGAAUGUACCGUCACAUUAGAGGACGUGUACAUGCUUUUAGGUCUUAGAAUAGAUGGUAAGCCUGUCACCGGAAAUGUUCAACAGCCUAACCAAAUAUGUGUUGAAAUGUUGGGGGUAGAUCUGGUCGAGGGUGAGGGGUCUGCCAAAGCAAGGGGUCAGGGUAUUAAAUUAUCUAGCCUACAAUUGUACCACGACUCCAUAACUUUGACUGAGGAAUCCUCCGAACAAGAAAAAGUCAUAAAAACCCGGGUUUACAUUAUGCUAUUGUUUGGGAACUUGCUAUUUCCCGAAGGGACGGGAAAUAGCAUAAAUUUUAUGUACUUGAGUUUGCUCGGGGACAUUGAUAGAAUAAGCACAUAUAGUUGGGGUUCUGCAGUAUUAGCAUUCCUAUAUAGCUCUUUGUGUAAAAAUGCACAAAAUGAGCACUGUACAUUUUCUGGAUGUUCUUUUUUGCUUCAAACAUGGGGGUGGUGGAGAUUGCCGAGGCUAGCCCCAGAAAAUCCUAAUGACUACUCCUUCCCCUACGCAACUAGGUUCAUUACAACCGGACUGGAUUACAGUCUUACCCCCAAAAAUAAAAUUAUAUUUUAUCGUCAACUGUUGGAUCGUCUCCGAGCACAGGAUUUUAUUUGGAGGCCAUAUUUGGGAUUGGAACAUCAACCAAACCCCGAAGAUGCAGCUGUUUGGACAGCAAAAACGGCCAUAAUGCGGUUCACCACUGUGGAGAUGCACCAAAGUGACCGUGUCAAGCUUCAAUUCGGAAUGCAUCAAGACAUCCCAGGCCCCCCAAUGUCCAUGGAACCUUGGCAUCUAAAAAAAGUCAGCCACCAGUGGUAUGCCCAAAAUUGGAAGGAAUUUGCUAAGGAGUUUCGAAAAAUGUGGAAAGACCGUGCCCACUAUGUUCUACAAUUUCCGGUGGCGCCCAACGAAAUGAAGCCGACAAGGGAAUAUGUGGAAUGGUAUAGAGCAAAUACCAAUCCAGAAAUGAUUGUGUCUGACCCGUUCUAUUUGGACGAUCCCCGGAUGCAACAGCCAUAUUUCCAACAACAACAACCACCACAGUAUUCCCAACAACAACAACCACCACCUUAUUACCAACAACAACCACCACAACCAUUUUACCAACAACAACCACCACCACCUUAUUACCAACAACAACCACCACCACCAUAUUACCAACAACAACAACCACAACACAUGUCCACCCCCCAACCAAAUCAACAAUACAUACCACAAACUCAAUCCCAAUACCAUGAAGACUACCAACAACAAACUCAACAUUCCCACCACCAUCAACAGUCCCAACACCUACCACAAUAUCAAUCCCCCUACUUCCACCAAUCCCAACAAUUCCAACACGGCAAUUUCCCAAGCUCUUCCAGUCCUCCACCUAGCCCCGACACGGGUAUACAAGAGGACUACCAACAGGACUACUACACACCACAACAAACAUUGCACUUUGGCCAACCCGAUUCAACCCUAAACUACCAAAGACCACAAUUCGAGGGCGCACCCAGCAGUAGUCAGUUUGUCCCACCGAGACAAAGCUUCGAGGGCGCAGAGGGGACCCGUCUUUCCUACAGCACUGAAGGGACUUCGACCGAACCACAACGGCAAGCGGCAAGGGGGCGCGUUAGGGCAAGGGGUGGUAAUAGGGAAGCACCACCACCACGUGAACCGUCUAGGCGAGUAACUAGACCUCCCCCGUGCGGAUCGUACAAGGGACCGCAUCAUAUGUGAUUAAUCAUAUCUUUGUAAUAUUUGCCUUGUUUAUUAUUUAAAUAAAAAUAUUUUCUGUUUAUUA